AUGGUGGAACGUAGAGGGUUUGUUAUCUAUCCUGAUUAUAACAAUAACCAAUCUCGAAUUAGUAACCAUUCAGAGAAUACACUACUGAUUAAUGAGAAAAAGGAAACGUCCUCUCAAUUAUUGUCUUCUUCUCAGAGGAGUAUAACAUCAAUAGAUGUUGAAAACGCAAAGGAACGGUAUCAUAAAACAAAUAAUAUCAACUCGUUGUUUACAUUAGCGCAUAAAUCAAUAAAGAAAGUGGCUAAAGAGCCGCGGAAUAACCUCCCAAUCUCUUCAUUUACCUCUGGUAAAUUCAAGUCAAUUACUCUAAAGGACACAAAACGGGCUGGUCCUUUACAAUCAAUUCAAAACAUAAUUUAUAAUUGCAAAGGCUAUCCACAUUCUGUUUUUAUGGCAAAACAACUUGAAAGAAAGGAGCCAACUACGAUCAGAGAUGGUAUUGCUAUUCUCGAUUCCAAAAAUGGAAUAGGUUCAAAAAUUAUUAAAGCAAAGUUCAGAAAGAGUCAUUUCAAACUAGGUUCUGUGACUAGAAAAUAUGAAUUAUUCCCGCUACAAGACCUAGAACAAAAUAAACCAUCAGCAUUACUUCAAUCGUUACAAAAAUCCUUAUGUGAUUUAGAUACCUCCUUGAAAACCCUUUCGUAUCACUCAUAUGACACUUUGUUGACGGUAACAUCAUUCGAAAUGCUGUCUGACCAUGAAAUUAAAAUCAAUUCAGUAAAGAAUUAUACUGCAGGAUUUACAACCGAUGUAACUAUGUUAUUGCAUAGUAAGAUAUCGCUCAAUGUGCCCCUUCCUAACAAUCUUCAUAAGGACUAUAAAUUAGCAUUAGAUUCUAAGGUAUACUUGGAGUUGGCACCUAAUGUUAAAUGGUAUUUGGUCUGGAAAUUUAUCUAG